UUAGUGCGGGAAACAGCCCGUCAAUAAUCACUGUGAGAGACGCACAUGCAACUUGUUAAUUUUCUUUCCCAGUACUGCGUGCAUAUGUUUCCCUUGGACCUCUAAAAUUGGGUCCUUGGAGGCUCAUGGAGUAUCGAGUGGGUCGUCUUUUGUGAGGUCCUACUACCACUUGAUCUCUGCUGCCGCUGUUGCUGCUUUCUACUUUUUCCAAACUUGCCCUCUCUAUUUUUUUCUCUUCUUUUAAAUUUAUAUUUCCAUCUAUUCCAUACACACACAAACCAAUUUUCUCUCUUCACACAAUCCAAUGUAUGCACUCAUUGAUUUGACCCUCUCUCUCUGUGUCUCUUUUAUUGAUUUGUUGAAUAAUGAAUAUCCUUGCAAGAAGAUCAAUCUUUGUCUAGCUGUAGAUAAUUCUUAAUGUAUUUAUGUUAAUUCUUUAAUUGCUAAAUCAAUGAACUAGCAAUCUUGUUUGUUGGGUUGUAUUAAAGAUUGGUUUUUUCUUCAUCCAUGAGAAGAUUGGAUUUUUCUUCUUCUGGGUUUUUUUAUGGGCUUUCUUUGGAGUUCUCGAAUGUUGACUUGAGGAUUUUACUGGGUGAGCUAGAUUCUGAACUACUUUUUGUUGUGAACUGUCAUUUAUGAUUGCGGUUACUGCUUGGAGUGAGACAAUGGAAAGAUUUAUGGCCAGAUUUUUCAUUCUUUAGCAUUGACUAUUUUAACUUAUUGAAAAAAUAUGAAAAACUUCUUGAAGAAACUUCACAUGGGAUCCAAUCAGUCUGAAGAUUCAGAGGGGUCUAUUCCUUCAUCAAUGGGCAGUAAGUUGAGUGGUGGUUCCCCAAAUGAAAAGCUUUCACACUUCAGGUCUGAGCAAAACAAACCCUUUUCAGCUAUAUCAGGAUGGUUGAAUUCUGUCACAAAUAGGCAUAGUCCUAGUCCUCCAUCCUCUUCCAAUGUGGAAAGAAGUGAGAGAAUGGAACUUUUUGAUUCUGAUCUGGAUGCAGUAAAGCUUGACUCGGAAUCGAGCAACUCAAGGGAUCCUGAUGGGGAAGAGGAGUAUCAGAUACAGUUGGCUUUGGAGUUGAGUGCAAGGGAGGAUCCUGAGGCGGUUCAAAUUGAAGCAGUAAAACAGAUCAGUUUAGGCUCUUGUACUCUUGAGGAUACUCCUGCUGAAGUUGUGGCAUACCGGUAUUGGAAUUACAGUGCUCUUAGCUAUGAUGACAAGAUUCUGGAUGGUUUCUAUGACCUAUAUGGCAUUUCCAUGUCCACAUCUUCAAAAAUGCCUUCCCUUGUUGAUUUGCAAGGAAUUCCAGUUUCAGAGAAUGUUAGUUGGGAAGCCAUUCUUGUCAAUAAAGAAGCUGACAUCAAGUUGUCAAACCUUGGACAGAAAGCGAUAGAGAUGGCUGUCGAAUUAAGUCCAGAUUCUGUAAACUUUGUUAGCAAUAUGGUGAAGAAGCUUGCAACUUUAGUUUCUGACUACAUGGGGGGCCCAGUUAGUGAUCCCGACGACAUGCUGAUAUCAUGGAGAAAUCUCAGUUAUAAAUUGAAGGAAAAUCUUGAGACCAUUGUUUUACCUCUUGGAUCUUUGACAAUUGGAUUGGCUCGUCAUCGUGCAUUGCUAUUCAAGGUUUUGGCCGACAGUGUUGACAUUCCUUGCUGCCUAGUGAAAGGACUGAAAUUUACUGGUUCUGAUGACGUGGCAAUGACCUUAGUAAAAGUUAAUAAUGAAAGGGAAUACAUUAUCGAUCUAAUGGCAGACCCUGGCACAUUUAUUCCAUCUGAUGCAGCAGGAUUGCAUAUAGACUAUGAAGAAUUAUCUCUUUCUAACGGUCCAUUGUCUAAAGAUGUGGAACCUUCUUGUAUGGCUUCAUCGAGUAGCAGGAUAACUAGUCCAUUUGAAGGCCAAUCAGAGGUUGGAACUUUGGAAAGGAGACCCAGGAUUAAAGAGACUAUUGCCGCAAGAAAUGAAACUAUUGUCAGACACAAAUUUUCUUCAGGGAUUGCUGUAAAGCAGAUCAAAGCUCAAGAAGGACCCAAUCAAUUCUCUGAUGGUUCAAAAAAACCUUGGAAUGUGAAGAAGGAGCCAGCAUGGGAGAUUCCUAGUAGAUCUAAUCAUCGUUCUGCACAUGCAAGAUCUCCUUCCUGGACUGAAGGCGUUAGCUCUCCAGCUGUCCGCAGAAUGAAAGUUAAGGACGUUUCACAAUACAUGAUUGAUGCUGCCAAAGAAAACCCACAGUUAGCUCAGAAACUCCAUGAUGUUCUACUCGAAAGUGGUGUUAUUGCUCCACCGAACUUGUUCACUGAAGUGUACCCAGAUCAGUUAGAUAUGUCGCUGGGGGAAACCAAAUCCCCAGGGGCAGAAAAGGAGAACACAGGAAGCGAUGAGAUUCAAAAAAUUAAAGGUCAUACUAAUCUAGAUCCAAUUCGCUUCCUGCCUUCAGUGCCUCAUCAAGAUGCUUGUUCUAGAAGCCCGAAUAAGCAACUGGAAAGUCAUUUAGAUCUAAAGCAAGCAACUGGACAUCAUGUUUCACCGGAGCCUGAAAUAGCUCCUGUAAAAUAUAAUAAAAAUGUUCCUGUUGCUGCUGCUGCUGCAGCUGUUGUUGCCUCUUCAAUGGUAGUUGCAGUAGCAAAGACUAACACUGAUCCAAAACUUCAGCUUCCAGUAGCAGCCGCAGCUACAGCCGCAGCUGCUGCUGUGGCAGCAACAACUGCUGCAGUCAGUAAGCAGUAUGAAUUGGAGACUUCUGCUCAAUCGCCAGAUAGUCCUGCUUCCUUUGUGUACCCAUCAGAAUGUCUAAGAAAUGAUGGUGAAGCAGAUAUCGCUGUUCCUGAGCACCAAGGAACUGGUGAACCGGAGCACGAUGCUUUGGAACUUAAUUCUGAGGGAGAGAGAAUAUCAGAUAGGUCAACAGGCAAUGAUAGUGCAAAAUCUGAUAUAGCACUUGAUGAUGUGGCAGAUUGUGAGAUCGCUUGGGACGAAAUCACCUUGGGUGAGCGUAUUGGGCUCGGAUCUUAUGGAGAAGUAUAUCAUGGCGACUGGCAUGGAACUGAAGUUGCUGUUAAAAAGUUCCUCGACCAAGAUAUAACUAAUGAAUCCCUUGAAGAAUUCAGGAGUGAGGUCCGAAUCAUGAAAAAACUCAGACAUCCAAAUAUAGUUCUCUUCAUGGGAGCUGUUACUCGGCCUCCAAAUCUUUCAAUUGUUACUGAGUUUCUUCCUAGAGGUAGUUUGUAUAGGCUGAUUCAUCGCCCCAAUAAUCAACUAGACAAACGCAGACGAUUGAGGAUGGCUCUUGAUGCUGCUCGGGGAAUGAAUUAUUUGCACAACUGCACACCUGUAAUAGUUCAUCGUGAUUUGAAGUCUCCAAACCUUCUUGUUGAUAAGAACUGGGUUGUGAAGGUAGGCGAUUUCGGAUUAUCAAAAAUGAAGGACAGCACAUUUAUUUCUUCAAAGUCAAAUGCCGGGACGGCAGAGUGGAUGGCACCAGAAGUUCUAAGAAAUGAGCCAUCAAAUGAAAAAUGUGAUGUUUAUAGCUUUGGCGUUAUAUUAUGGGAACUUUGUACUUUGCAGCAACCCUGGGGAGGAAUGAACCCUAUGCAAGUUGUUGGUGCCGUUGGAUUUCAGCAUCGGCGUCUUGACAUUCCAGACGAUAUGGAUCCUGUUAUAGCAGAUAUAAUCAGGAAAUGCUGGCAAACAGAUCCAAGAUUACGGCCUUCAUUUGCUGAGAUUAUGGCUGCUCUGAAACCACUUCAAAAGCAUAUUGCCAAUUCACACUUGCCAAGACCCAGUGUUCUUGUAAGCAGGAGAAACGAGAAGAAUCAGUCAUCACUAACCUUGGAAAAUCAAUCCGGUCAUAAGAGCUAGUUGGAACGAAUAUGAUAAUUUGCUCUAUCGAGUGACUUGCAAUAUAGAGGCAAACAUGCUUUGGGAGAAUGGUGAAUGAGAUUUUGUUAUAGAUGAUCAAGCACGUACCUCACAUUUGAGUGAACUAGAAUUCUUUCAUAUCCCCCAUUUUUCCUUUUAUUGUUUGUAUUCUUUGUUUAUGGUGCCACCAUCCACGGAAUUGUGCAGUUGUUUAUACAUUCGUUUGAAUUUCUUGUAAUUAACGUGUCCUGCCGAGUUACUAAGACUAGGCCAGUGAAAAAUCAUAUUGGAGGGACUCUAAAAACAUGUGUAGCCGCCUCUAAUGGAAAAAUUAAUUUCAAUUAUAGCUUGUUGAUC